AACGAAAAAACGCCCGAUUUUCUAGGGUUACCAAUAAAUAAGCUCCACCUCCCCUCGCAUGUUCCCUCUCGUCAUUUGGUUGAGGGACCUCGACACCAUAAUUCGGAAUUGGUUUUCUCUCUCUAAGAAUUAGUGAAAAUCAAUCGGAUUUGGCGGUGCCGAGCUCUCUCUCUCUCUUGAUCCUCUUGCUUGAGUUGAGAGAGAAAACCAGGGCCACUGUUACUCCUCACUCUCUCUCCCUCCAUUUUGUUGCUUAGCUGGAGAGAGAAAACAACCCUAAUUAAUCUUCAUCAGUGAGUAUGCCUCCAAAGGCUUCUAAAGCGAAGGAUACUCCUGCUGAACGCCCCAUUUUGGGCCGUUUCUCUUCUCACCUCAAGAUCGGCAUUGUUGGCUUACCAAAUGUGGGUAAAUCUACACUUUUCAAUACUCUCACGAAGCUCUCUAUUCCUGCCGAGAACUUUCCUUUCUGUACCAUAGAGCCCAAUGAAGCAAGGGUUAACAUUCCUGACGAGCGGUUUGAUUGGCUAUGCCAAUUGUACAAGCCCAAGAGUGAGGUAUCAGCUUUCUUGGAAAUACAUGACAUAGCUGGCCUAGUGCGAGGAGCUCAUGAAGGGCAAGGAUUGGGGAACAGCUUCUUAUCUCACAUCCGUGCAGUUGAUGGGAUUUUCCAUGUCUUAAGAGCAUUCGAAGAUCCGGAUAUUAUUCAUGUGGAUGAUUCAGUGGAUCCAGUUAGGGAUCUGGAGGUCAUAAGUCUAGAGCUACGGUUGAAAGACAUAGAAUUUAUGGAAAGAAAGCUGGAGGAUCUUGAGAAGAGCAUGAAGAGGAGCAAUGACAAGCAGUUGAAAAUAGAACAUGAGUGUUGUGAAAAGGUAAAGGCAUGGCUUGAGGAGGGUAAGGAUGUUCGGCUUGGGGACUGGAAAGCUACUGAGAUUGAGAUCUUUAAUUCGUUUCAGUUGCUUACAGCAAAACCUGUUGUUUACUUGGUUAACAUGAAUGAGAAAGAUUAUCAGAGAAAGAAGAACAAGUUUCUGCCUAAGAUCCAUGCGUGGGUGCAAGAGCAUGGAGGCGAGCCCAUCAUCCCUUUCAGCUGUGUAUUGGAGAAGAGCCUUGUAGAUAUGCCAGAGGACGAAGCUGCAAAGUACUGUGACGAGAACAAAAUUCAGAGUGCCAUCCCCAAGAUCAUAAAGACUGGAUUCUCUGCAAUCAAUCUGAUCUAUUUUUUCACUGCAGGACCUGAUGAGGUGAAAUGCUGGCAGAUCAGACGGCAGACUAAGGCUCCUCAAGCUGCUGGUGCCAUUCACACUGAUUUUGAGAGAGGAUUUAUAUGUGCUGAGGUAAUGAAGUUUGAGGAUCUCAAGGAGUUGGGCAGUGAAGCAGCCUUAAAGGCUGCUGGGAAAUACAGGCAGGAAGGGAAGACCUACGUGGUGCAAGACGGCGAUAUAAUCUUCUUCAAGUUCAAUGUGUCCGGAGGUGGAAAGAAAUGAGGGAGUCGUCGUCCAUUUUGUAUUCCUCUUGAAUAUAAGAAAUUUUUGAUGUAGUAAUCAGGGAGAAUUUUGGAAAUUUGGGUCCUGUUAUUCAAUUUUGUCUGAGAAAAAUUUGGGAUUCAAAUCCUUUUUGAGUAGUUUCUGAGGCAGUGUUUGUUUGGAAUUUGGACUGGCAAAGCAUGAGUGCGUGAAAUAAUGUAAAAAAGUAACAGUGGAAAAUUAUAUUCAACAUCUCAUCCUGAAA